AUGGCUGACGCUCCUGCUUCGAAGCCGGCCUUCAAGCCCAAACCCCGGAGGCCUGUUUGUGCCCUAUGCCAGGGGCCCUACAAAACGGCCGUGGUCGUCGCAGGGCAGAAAUUAUGCCGCUUCUGUUUUUCUCGCAUGAAGAGGGAGGCCGCAGCCAGCAGGCCUUCCCCGAAGGAUGGGGAAGAGAAAGGAGGAGACGGGGAGGAGAAAGGAGAGCAGGAGAGACGAACCGUGGAAGAGGAGGAAUGUCAGAGUCUAUGUGAAGAGCACCAAGAAGACCUGACAUGGUUCUGCACGAAGGACAAGGCUCUCCUAUGCAAGAGCUGCAAGGCCUCUGAGGUUCAUAUCUCUCACUCUGUGGUGCCUGUUGAAGAUGCUGGCCAGGAAUACCAGGUGGGGUUUUCCCCCUUCCUUCCUGCAGUCCCAUUGUGUCCCUUCCCUUCCCAGCCUGCCCUUCUGUAGUUGUAAAUAUCUGAGGCAGCAAACGCAGCAUCAAAACCGAAUGGAACAUCCAACUAAAAUGAGAAAAUACCUCAGACAUUCAUAGAAGUUAGGGAAUAAGGCUGCGUUUUCCUUUCGGCUGUGCCGGAGAUGGUGUUCCAAGAGCAGGGUGCCACCACAGGAAAGGCCCCGUCUCUAGUUGAACACCUGCCUAAUGGCGUCUCUUCCGCUGGCAGCUGGGGAAAAAGCCUCUGAAACAGACCUUGAGGGGAAAGGGGUGUAGCUCCGUGGCAGAGAAUCUGCUUUGUUCCAGGUUUAAUACAGGGCGUCUCCAGGUAGGGCUGGCAGAUAGCCCUGUCUGCAAGCCUGGAGAGCUACUGCCAGUUGGUGUAGGCAGUGCUGACCAAUGGUUUGACUCACUGAAUAGUGAGUGAGGUUAUUAAAUUCAGUUCUGGAGAAUGCCAGUAGCUCAGGCCACCCUCAAUGUAUUUGUCAGUGUUAUAAGAUGCAUUUGGGGGGAAAGCGUGGUAUGUUGUGGUGUUAAAAAUAACAGUGUUAUCAUAUAUAAAAAUACACACACACACACACACACACACAGAGUGGUACCUCAGGUUACAUACGCUUCAGGUUACAUACGCUUCAGGUUACAGACUCUGCUAACCCAGAAAUAUUACCUCAGGUUAAUAACUUUGCUUCAAGAUGAGACCAGAAAUCGUGCUCCGGCGGCGCGGUAGCAGCGGGAGGCCCCAUUAGCUAAAGUGGUGCUUCAGGUUAAGAACAGUUUCAGGUUAAGAACGGACCUCCGGAACAAAUUAAGUACUUAACCUGAGAUACCACUGUGUAUACACACACACACACACACACACAAAGCCAGCCCCAUUGAGUUCAAUGGGACUGACUCUCAGGUGCGUACAUUUGAGUUUGUCGCCUAGGUCACACAAAGUAGCUCUGGAGCAGUUCAGUUGCUCAGCUUGAUGGGUGGAAAUCUGCAAGUCACUUUGCCAAUGCCAUACCAAUGGGCUGAGUAGUUGGUACCAACUGAGGCUGCGUACACCAAACAUUUAAGGCGCAUGGGUUCCCCCAAAGAACCCUGGUGUGUUCAGGGUGCUGGGAACUGUAGCUCUGUGGGGCAAAAUACAGUUCCCAUGGUUUUUGUGUAGGGGUGUGUGUGCUUUAAAUGUAUGGUGCGUACACAGCCUUUGCUGAGCUACGAAUUAAGCUGCCAGGGUUCUCUGGAAGUGGGGAACUGGGCUGAAAAGACUGAAUAGAAUUGGCUUGGGGAAAACCAAGGCGGAAUAAACAAACCUGAUUUGCUUGUAAUUCUCUUCCCAUUUUCCUGCCAGGGGAAGCUGCAGCACGCCGUAUCUUUGCUCACUCGACAACUGGAAGAGUCUUUGGAGCAGAAAUACAAGGAAGGGAAGAAAACAGCUGCGUGGAAGGCAGGUGCCAAGUUUGUGUUGUUGUUUAGUCGUUUAGUCGUGUCCGACUCUUCGUGACCCCAUGGACCAGAGCACGCCAGGCACUCCUGUCUUCCAUUGCCUCCCGCAGUUUGGUCAAACUCAUGCUGGUAGCUUCGAGAACACUGUCCCACCAUCUUGUCCUCUGUCAUCCCCUUCUCCUUGUGCCCUCCAUCUUUCCCAGCAUCAGGGUCUUUUCCAGGGAGUCUUCUCUUCUCAUGAGGUGGCCAAAGUAUUGGAGCCUCAGCUUCAGGAUCUGUCCUUCCAGUGAGCACUCAGGGCUGAUUUCCUUCAGAAUGGAGAGGUUUGAUCUUCUUGCAGUCCAUGGGACUCUCAAGAGUCUCCUCCAGCACCAUAAUUCAAAAGCAUCACUUCUUCGGCGAUCAGCCUUCUUUAUGGUCCAGCUCUCACUUCCAUACAUCAUUACUGGGAAAACCAUAGCUUUAACUAUACGGACCUUUGUUGGCAAGGUGAUGUCUCUGCUUUUUAAGUUUACAAGUUUACAAGCCUCCAAAGAUUUCCUUCUGCCGUAGGGCGCAGGUGGCGCUGUCUGAAACCCUCCUCCUCCUUAGUCUCCGUAUUAAUCUUUGCAGAACUCCAUGGGGAGCAGGAAGAGGAGGGUGGGAACAACACAAAAAUGAGUUGGCUCUGUCCUUGGUUCUGGUGGGACAGACUUUUGGGCUCCCUGCCAGCCUCAAUGAGCCACCACGGGGUAAAGGCACACACCGGUUCCCCGAGGGCUUUUCUGAAAACAGCCCCUUUGGAGACAGCAGGUAGGGAUGGCCCUGCUGUUAGAGCAAUGCCAGAUUACCAAAUAGACAAAGCAGACACCGGCCUAGGGGCCCCACAACAGUGGAUCAAAAUAAUAUUGCAUAAUAUAAUGGGUAAAAUAAAAUAAAAAAGUUAGCAGAUAAUUUGCGACGGGCCCCCCGAGAUUUCGACUGCCUAGGGGCCUCCACCGGGUUUAAUUUGGCACUGCAUUAGAGAGAAUGAGACAAUUGCUUCAGGGAAAGCAGUGUUGGCAGCCCUGUCCAUAGCUGAAAAAAGGUAAAGGUCCCCCUGGACGGUUAAGUCCAGUCAAAGGCGACUAUGGGGUUGGGUGUUCAUCUCGCUUUUCAGGCCGAGGGAGCUGACGUUUGUCCACAGACAGCUUUCUGGGUCAUGUGGCCAACAGAACUAAACCGCUUCUGUCACAACGGACCACCGUGAUGGAAACCAGAGCAGCACACGGAAACGCUGUCUACCCUCCUGCCACAGUGGUACCUAUUUACUGUAUCUAGUUGCACUGGUGUGCUUUCAAACUGCUAGGUUGGCAGGAACUGGGGCAGAGCAACGGAAGCUCACCCCGUCGCGGGGAUUCGAACCGCCGACCUUCCAGUCGGCAAGCCCAAGAGGCUCAGUGGUUUAGACUACAGCACCACUUGCAUCCCUGUCCAUUGAGAGGCUGAUAGGGCUGAUUAGUGGAUGCAGAAGAACCCACACAGCCCAGGCAGUUCUCCUUUGCAACUGGCCAUCACAAUCCUAUCAGGGGCUAUUAGCCACAAUGGCUAUGCUCUACUUCCAGGAUACCAGUUGCUGGAAAGCUUAGGAGGCUCUUGUACUCAGGUCCUGUAUACAAGUUUCCCUCAGGCAUCUGGUUCCCCACUAUGAGAGCAGGAUCCUGGCCUAGGUGGGCUGUUAGCCUGAUCCAGCAGUCUCUUCUUAUGUAUAUAAUAUUUAUGAUUUUCAGUUUUGCACAUUUCAAUAAUUUUACAAUCAUUCUAACAUUUCAAAACUUGACUUCCUUCUGCCUCUUUCUGCAGUUCCUUAAAUUUAUUCUUAAUAUCUUCUGCAUAUCCAAAUUAACUUAAUUUGCUCAUUUAUUCACCUACUUUAAAUAUAUACUCUUAUAAAACUGCAGGUUAUUACAAUGAUCCUGCCAAUGUUCUUAUCUGUUUAUAGUUUGUUUGUAAAUAUUCCAGAAACUAUUUCCAUUCUUUUAUAAAAAUUUUGUUAUAAUAAUAAUAAAUAAUAAUAAAUUUUAUUUAUACCCCGCCCUCCCCAGCCAAGACCAGGCUCAGGGCGGCUAACACCAGGUAUAAAGCAAUUGAUUGAAAUACAACUGAAAAAACAAGAUUAAAAUACAACAUUAAAACAACGUUAAAAUGCAGCCGAAUUUCAGCAGAAACUCAAAAACUUUUUGGGGGAUGAAAACGUCAAGUCUUCACCAAGGCUGGUCCUACAUGGGCCAGAAAAAAGCCAGGGAAGUCCCCAAGCGGGAGUUCAUCACAGGAGGAGAAAGGAAAAAAGAAAGGGGGGGAGGGAAUCAAAUUGACUCCAAGCCAAAGGCCAGGCGGAGCAACUCUCUCUUGCAGGCCCUGCGGAAAGAAAUCAGAUCCUGCAGGGCCCUGGUCUGAUGAGACAGAGCGUCCCACCAGGCCGGAGCCAGUGUAGAAAAGGCCCUGGCUCUGGUUGAGGCUAAUCUGACUUCCUUAGGGCCCGGGACCACUAGGGUGUUGCUAUUUAUGGACCUUAAGAUCCUCCGUGGGGCAUACCGGGAGAGGCGGUCCCUUAGGUAUGGGGAUCCUUGCUUUUUUCCUUUUUCCCGGUAAGUUUCGCCAUUUCUGCAUAUUCCGUAAGUUUUUGUAUCCAUUCUUCUUUUGCCGGGACUACUUCUUCUUCUUCUUAACUCUUCUGACAUUCUUAACCCCGGAGCCAAUAGCUGGAAGUGCUGCUGAAUCUCUCUCUCUUCAUCUUUCCUUGCUGAUGAAGGACAAGGUGCACAGUCAGAAGGAGCGGGUGGAGAGCGAGUUUGCAAAGCUGUACAACUUCCUGGUUGAAGACGAGGAGGAACUCUUGCAGAGGCUGAAGGCAGAGGAGAGGCAGACCCUGAAGAGGCUGGAUAGGAAUUUAACCCAACUCUCAAAGCAAAACUCCUCGCUGAUUAAGCUGGUUAAGGAGAUCAAGUCGAAGAGCCAGAAGGCGCCUGCUGAACUUUUGAAGGUGAGACGAGGCAUAGAAUCAGACUUGUAGACAUGGCAGGGACCGCGAGGGUCAUCUAGCCCAACCCCCUGUAUUGCAGGAAUGUUUUGCCCAACGUGGGGCUCAAACCCACGACCUUGAGAUUGAGAGUCUCAUGAUCUACCAAUUGAGCUAUGCAGGGUAUCUGGGAGGCAGCCCCACUGAAACCAAAAGGGUUUGUGAGUAAAUGUUGGGUUUCCUGCUUGUGUGAGUUCAACAAACUUUUAAUUGUUGCCUCUUUUUUUCAGUUUGAAAUGUAUGUCACACACACACACACACACACACAACUUUUCAAGUUUAUACAUUUCACUAAUUUUACACUCAUUUUGACAUUUCAAAAGUUGACUUCCUUCCCCCUCAUUCUGCAAUUCCUUAAAUUUGUUUUUAAUAUUUUCUGCAUAUCCAAAUUAACUUAAUUUGCUCAUUUAUUCAUCUUCUUUAAAAAAUAUAUACUCUUCUAAAACUGCUGGUUGCUACAAUAAUCCUUCCAAUAUUUUUAUCUUUUUAUAAUUUAUCUGUAAAUAUUCAAUAAACCAUUUCCAUUUUUAAUUUUUUUUAAAAUGUUAUCUUGAUUUCUUAUUAUCCGAUAAGUUUCUCCAUUUCUGUAUACAGUCAUACCUCAAGUUACAGAUGCUUCAGGUUGCGUUUUUUUUGGGUUACAGACGCACUGAAACCCGGAAGUACUGGAAUGGGUUACUUCUGGGUUUCAGCGGUCGCGCAUGCGCAGAAGUGCUAAAUCGCGCUUUGUGCAUGUGCAGAAGCGCCAAAUUGCAACCCGCGCGUGCACAGACACGCCGCUGCGGGUUGCGAGCGUGCAUCCCGCAUGGAUCACGUUUGCAACCCGAGUGUCCACUGUAUUCCAUAAGCUUUUGUAUUCAUUCUUCCUUUACUGGGACUUCUGCUUCUUUCCAUUUUGGGGCAAGUAACAUUCUUGCCACUGUAGUAGCAUACAUGAAUAAGUUACGAUACAUUUUAGGUAGUUCUGUCCCUAUAAUUCCUAAAAGAAAAGCUGCUGGUUUUUAUUUUUACAAAGGUUAUUUUAAAUUUAAUUGCUGCCUCUUAUGGGGAAGGACCACAAAACUCAGUGGUAGAGCAUUUGCAUAGUAGUAGUAGUAGUAGUAAUAUAUGUAUAACCCACCCAUCCAAGCCACUUUGGGCAGCUUCCAGCAGAAUAUAAAAACACAAAUAAACACCAAGAACUGAAAAUUUUGCAGUAGUGGAUGUUUGAAGACCUGGGGGUUACCCACACUUCCCUUUGCAGCGCUGCUUUCUCCUGGGAAAUCUGAUCUUUAGCGCUGAAUCGGAACAAACAACAAUCGGGUUUUCAACAGAUUGCCAUUUGUUCCUAUUUAGCACCAAAGAGCUAAAUAGAAAGAACCCCUUCUGAUUAAAGCAGCAGGGCAACUGCUAAACCACUUGGAUCCGUGCCUAGGAAGAGUGGGAUAAGCACAAAACCACUCAGAUCCUGGGACAAACCAAAGUGUGAACGAACCCCGAGUUCUCAGUUCAAACUAUUGGAGAUAAAAAAUGCAUCAUCUGGAGAAUGGAGAUGUUUUGUAUAGUACAUAUUUGUUUCCGUGUUAGGCAUGAUCAUUUCUCUUGCUUAGUUUUAAGCUGUUAAAUUAGAUUGGCUUGUUUGUAUUGGUUUACGCAAAGUUGAAUACCACAAUUUUGUGGGAAAGUGGCGUGCAAGUAAACAGAUGACAUUGAUGGCAUUGGACAAAUAACAAACUGGUUCCGUUGGGCUUGUUGAAUUCAUCUUUAGCCAGGCCCAGGGAGGUGACCGUGAAAAUAAAGUGCAUAGGCUAUUUCAAAACUAGCCAGGCUGAUUUAAGAAAAUAGAUGAGGUAUACUUUUAAAAGUAUUCAAUAUAUUAUUUUUUUUUACAAAAAGAAAAUAAUAGCCACUUAUUUCUCUCUUCAUUUUCCGGUUGCCCAGGAUGUGGAGAAUGUGUUAGCAAGGUAAGCUUGUCAGUUUGCUUUCCAAUUAAAAGGUUUGAAAUAUCCGGCAGAAAUGUCACACAGUAAUCAAGCCACAAAGUCUGGCUUCUAGGUGUAGAAUCCGAGCCCUUUCCUCUAACUGAUUUAUUUAAAGCAUUUAUUUUUACUCCACUCUUUAGCCAAAAAGGCUUCUAGAGUGGCUUACAAUCAUCCGCAUUCAGACAGCCUCUGCCCUCAAGCUUACAAUUUAAAAGACACGACACACAAGGAAAAAGGGAUGGGGAGGGAAGAGGGGGCUUAAAGUUUCAUUUCUUACCAUAAGCAGCAGGGAUAGGAAACAGUUCCGGCAGCUUGAUGGCAUCACAGCCUACAAGGCGACAUUUGAGGGAGCCAAAGGCAAGCUGGUCCUUGAGCAGAGGCAAUGCUUCUGUUGUAGAAUCAUAGAAUCAUAGAAUCAUAGAAUCAUAGAGUUGGAAGAGACCACAAGGGCCAUCGAGUCCAACCCCCUGCCAAGCAGGAAACACCAUCAGAGCACUCCUGACAUAUGGUUGUCAAGCCUCUGCUUAAAGACCUCCAAAGAAGGAGACUCCACCACACUCCUUGGCAGCAAAUUCCACUGUCAAACAGCUCUUACUGUCAGGAAGUUCUUCCUAAUGUUUAGGUGGAAUCUUCUUUCUUGUAGUUUGGAUCCAUUGCUGCGUGUCCGCUUCUCUGGAGCAGCAGAAAACAACCUUUCUCCCUCCUCUAUGUGACAUCCUUUUAUAUAUUUGAACAUGGCUAUCAUAUCACCCCUUAACCUCCUCUUCUCCAGGCUAAACAUGCCCAGCUCCCUUAGUCGUUCCUCAUAAGGCAUCGUUUCCAGGCCUUUGACCAUUUUGGUUGCCCUCCUCUGGACACGUUCCAGUUUGUCAGUGUCCUUCUUGAACUGUGGUGCCCAGAACUGGACACAGUACUCCAGGUGAGGUCUGACCAGAGCAGAAUACAGUGGCACUAUUACUUCCCUUGAUCUAGAUGCUAUACUCCUAUUGAUGCAGCCCAGAAUUGCAUUGGCUUUUUUAGCUGCCGCGUCACACUGUUGGCUCAUGUCAAGUUUGUGGUCAACCAAGACUCCUAGAUCCUUUUCACAUGUACUGCUCUCAAGCCAGGUGUCUCCCUCUGCUUUGCAGUCUGAUGGCUUCCUAAUUCUCAGCUCCCACCCCGCUCCCCAGUAAUUGUUUGGGGCAGGGCUGACAUUGCGCAACCGGAUGCAGAAAUCAGUAGGGACCUUUGCAGGGAUUAGGGUCACCCUGUCAGCUCCUUGCCCUCUCUCUUCCCCCACUCCCAUGAGUUUCUCAGCUUGGUCACCAAGGGCCCCAGUGUGGUGUAGUGGUUAAGAGUGGUGGUCUCGUAAUCUGGGGAACCGGGUUCGCGUCUCCGCUCCUCCACAUGCAGCUGCUGGGUGACCUUGGGCCGGUCACACUUCUCUGAAGUCUCUCAGCCUCACUCACCUCACAGAGUGUUUAUUGUGGGGGAGGAAGGGAAAGGAGAAUGUUAGCCGCUUUGAGACUCCUUAGGGUAGAGAUAAAGCGGGAUAUCAAGUCCAAACUCCUCCUCCUCCUCAGAGACGCACUCCGUUGUCUCUUGAGACAGAUGGAUGCCAACAAACAACACAGCACUGGCUAAGAUCUUGCUCUGCUGAGGGGGAAGAAGGCCCUGCUUUGGACACACACCACCAGCAGAAACUCAGGUCGUCUUUUCCCCCAGGUUCAAAAUACUGGGCUUCCAGAGAUCGGGAAAGGUGUUAACCCUGCAGCAAUGCACCACUGCAGGAAUGUGGUGAGAGGGGUGAGAAGGCCAAAUGAGGAGGAGGAUGCAACCAAAUGGGAAAUAACUAGGAACAAGAGAACCAGUGUGGUGUAGUGGUUAAGAGCGGUAGACUCGUAAUCUGGUGAACCGGGUUCGCCUCCCCGCUCCUCCACAUGCAGCUGCUGGGUGACCUUGGGCCAGUCACACUUCUCUGAAGUCUCUCAGCCCCACUCACCUCACAGAGUGUUUGUUGUGGGGGAGGAAGGGAAAGGAGAAUGUUAGCCGCUUUGAGACUCCUUAGGGUAGAGAUAAAGCGGGAUAUCAAAUUCAAACUCUUCUUCUCUUCUUCAAAUAUACCAGGUGUAGAGAACCUGUGACCCUUCAGAUGACUCCUAUUGGUCGCAGCCAUCAUGCUCAGUGAUCGGGGUGAUGGGAACUGCAGUUCAGCAAGAUCCGGAGGGUCCCAGGUUCCUCAGACCUGCAAUAUUUCUUCUCCCGCCAUCAUCAUACAAUCCCUCUUUCCCCCCUUGGUAUUCUUCAGAAGGAACGCGAUUCACGGGGCAGACCAUUGUGCACUGAUUGCACAAAAAGAACGGUUUCCCCUCUCUGCAUUUCGCAGUUAACAACUGUUAGGGGAGAAAUCUGAGGGCUCCCUGGGACAAAAAACAAGGACACCAGCCGGGAAUACCAGAGCAAAACAGCAGCCAGUAGGCUUGGUCUUUAUUGAAGACUGUCGCGACAGGACUCCCACCUGCACAAGAUGGAACAAGAUGGAAGCCCUGAACAAAAGAGCCCCCAAACUUUUAUUAGUUGCUAAUCCCCAUGUUAUGCACACCCCAAACUACAUCACUAAUACAUCACGGUUACAUCAUGAAAGGGGAGGUCUGGUGGCAGUAAUCUGAGCAUCCUGGACCCUGCCCCAUGGUUCUCCUUGCCCUCCACCAAACAACCAUCAAGUGUAACAAAAGAGAUAUUUACAUUUCCUGUUUCCCAGCCAAGUUAAUCACACCCUUUUGUCUUCAUCUGAGUUUGUUAUUUCUGUAACGGCUACCUGUCUGGCAUUCAGGUAUCCGGAUGCCAGGAAUUAUCAUUCAGGCAGAGGGACUGCUGAGUAGCUGAGCUCACAUGUCUAUAUGAAUUUCUGCAGUUUUCCCAGUGAGCCAGUACAUAGAUACAUUUAUCAGUGAAUUGUUACAUUUGGUAUCAUGCAGCAAAGGCCCUUUGAAUAGAUAGGAAGAAACUGUUACGAAGUGUUUUGUGGGGAUAAAUCACAAAAGUCACAAAAGUGAUUGUGCUGAUUUUGGUAGUGGGCUGCUUGUGCAUGAUAUCUGCUGGAGGGGCAACCACCACCCCCCCAACCUAUACAUAAAUUCCUGCAAUACAACAAUAUGGCAUUUUGAAUUUACUUUGGUUUUUAUUGAAGUUUCUCGCAAUACGGUUAAGAUAUAGGAAACUAAUGUAAAUUAAAAAAUGAGAAACGAAAACAGCUAUGAAAAGGCGGGGGAAUGGGGGGGGCGGAGAGAAAGACGCAGUAAGAAAGGAAAAGGAGAGAGGAAAUGGGAAAUGUGUUUUGAAUUUACUUUAGACCAGGGAUGGUGAACCUGUCACCCUCCAGGUAUUGCUGGACUCCAGCUCCCAUCAGUCCCAGCCAUCAUGGCCAACCACCAGGAGUUAUGGGAGUCGUAGUCCAACGACGCCUGGCGCCCACAGCAGAGGUGGUUUUAGGGUAGCCCAGCCAGUAUAGCCAGACUGGGUGUGGUUGUCGCAACAAUGGUGUCGAUAGUGAAGGGGAGGGGCGAUGUUUAGUGUCACGCAGGGCGCCACUGAAAUGGGAAAGCCCAAAGUCCACCGCUGCCCACGAGUUCCUCCUAAUUACUUUAGAACACUCUCUGCGCCACCUCCCCAUUAGCCUCAUAGACGGGAAAUGCAUAGAUAAAUGAAAUGAUUAUCCUUUUGCGUAGGGCGGAAAACGUGACCCUGUUCGAACCGCAAGUCGUUCCUACUGAACUGAAGAACGUUUACAACAUUCCUUGCCUUGACAUUAUUCAGAUCUUAACAAAAUUCAAAGGUACGCGCACAGCAGUGCUUGGAUUUUCACUCAAGAUACAUUCCCAUUUGCUUUAGUGAAAGGAUGGGGGAGUUGGUGGGCCUCUAGAUGGACUACAACUUCCAACAUCCCUGCACAUUGGCCUUGUUGGCUGGAGCCAUUUGGACCCAAUGGCAUUGGGGGCGGGGGGGGGCACAGGUUCCCCAGCCGUUGCGUAGACAAAACUGAACUAGAUGGGCUAAAUCAGAUUCCCCACCCCACCCCCAAAAACCUGGUGCCAUCCAGAUGCUUUGAACUACAACUCCCAUCAGCCAUACCCAGCAAAACCAAUGACCAGGGAUAAAUGGUAUGGAGCAGUACAUUAGCCAGUGUAGUGUCCAGAGUGUCAGACUAGGUCCUGGGAGACCAGGGUUCCAAUCCUUGCUUGGCCCUUGGCCCAGUCACCAGCUCUCCGCCUAAAACCUACGCACAGGGUUGCUGCGAGGAUAAAAUGGCGAGGGCAAGGAGAACCACAUACACAACCUUGAGUUCCUUGGAGAAUAUGUUGAGAUACAGUCAUACCUUGGGUUGAAUGUGCUUCAGGUUGAGCGCUUUCGGGUUGUGCUCCGCGGCAACCCGGAAGUAACAGAGCGUGUUACUUCCGGGUUUCGCCGCUUGCGCAUGUGCAGACGCUCAAAAUGGCAUCACGCGCAUGUGCGGAAGCGGCAAAAUGCAACGCGCAGACGCGCCAUCGCAUCUUACGUUCCAUUCAGGAUGCGAACAGGGCUCCGGAACAGAUCCCGUUGCAUCCUAAGGUACCACUGUGUGUGUGUGUGUGUGUGUAUAUAUGUGUGUGUGUGUGUGUGUGUGUGUGUGUCUGUUUGUGUGUGUGUAAUGAUAAAAUAAAUAAAUAUAUAAAAGGUAAAGGACCCCUUGACAGUUAUGUCCAGUCGCGAACGACUCUUGGGUUGCGGCGCUCAUCUCGCUUUACUGGCUGAGGGAGCCAACAUUUGUCCGCAGACAGUUUUUCCAGGUCAUGUGGCCAGAAUGACUAAGCCGCUUCUGACGAACCAGAGCAGCUCACGGAAACGCCGUUUACCUUCCCGCCGGAGCGGUACCUAUUUAUCUACUUGCACUUUGACGUGCUUUCGAACUGCUAGGUUGGCAGGAGCAGGGACCGAGCAACAGGAGCUCACCCCGUCGCGGGGAUUUGAACUGCCGACCUUCUGAUCGGCAAGCCUAAGAGGCUCAGUGGUUUAGACCACAGCGCCACCCGCGUCCCAAAAUAAAUAUAUAGAGGAAGCCUAAACAGCAGAUGGAGGGCACCAGGUUUAGGGUUUGGGGCUGGAGUAGAAGACCCCUUAGGAUCGUAUCCAGCAGUUCUUGUUACGGGUUUUGCGCCUGUCCCCUGUCCCCUACCCCUUUUCCUAUCUCUCUCUCUCUCCACCCUCUAGUGGACGUGUCUCUGGAUCCAACCACAGCGCACCCAAGUCUUCUGCUCUCCACAGACAGGAAAAGCGUGGAAUACAGAGGAUCCCGGCAGUUGCAGCCUCAGGAUGACAACAACACAGAGAGAUUUGACACCUAUGUCCUCGUUCUGGGCUCCGAGGUGUUCACCUCCGGGAGACACUACUGGGAGGUGGAAGUGGGAGACAGCCCAGAAUGGGACCUGGGGGUUUGUAGGGAAUCAGUGAGCAGGAAGGGGCAGCGAAUCAUUUUCUCCCCGCUAAGUGGGUACUGGAGGCUGUGGCUUCGGAAGGGAGACCAGUACAAGGCCUUGAUUUCCUGCCCUACGCUGCUUCCCAUGAACACAAGGCCAAAGCGGGUGGGAGUUUUCCUGGACUAUUCUGAAGGGGAGGUUUCCUUUUACAAUGUGACCGAGAGAACCCACAUCUACACGUACAUCGGUACCUUCUGUGGCCCCCUCCGGCCCUUCUUUAGCCCCAGCCGCCAACGGAAAGGGGCAAAGGGGGCCCACCCCUUGCUUAUCUGCCCAGGCCCAAAAGCAAGAAAGAGCAAAAAACCUCUGCACUAAACUAGACCCAUGUCAUUCAUGUUGAUUCAAACAGUUUGAGGCAGCCAUUGCCAGCUUGCCAGCUGCCCUAGACAUCCCCUCCUAUCUUCACCUCUGUCCUGAUUGACAGGUAGGCUGCCCCACUGUUGAAGCCCCCCUAAUUAUUGUCCCUCACUUUUGACAGGAGAAACGGUCCCUCUAGACUCCGAACUCAGGGGCCGUGUUUUGAAAGCCGAAACAGCCCCCAUCCAUUUCCGCUUUCCUUUCUAGUGGCAAGAUUUAAGAUAAGCUUUUUUGUCCCCUCUCCCCUCCAGACAACUUGCACGCUUAGGAGAAAAAUCCGUAGCAAAUUUGUCUUGAAAAUCCAUUUAUGAAGAUCCAAUUACUUCUAAAUAUAAUCAUCCCCCACUUGGAGGUUUCAGUGUGGUGAGAAUGAACAGCUUCCCUAUACAGUGGUACCUCAGGUUACAGACUCCGCUCACCCAGAAAUAGUACCUUGGGUUAAGAACUUUGCUUUAGGAUGAGAGCAGAAAUUGCACAAUGGCGGCGCUGCGGCAGCAGGAGGCCCCAUUGGCUAAAGUGGUGCUUCAGGUUAAGAACAGUUUCAGGUUAAGAACGGACCUCCGGAACAAAUUAAGUUCUUAACCCGAGGUACCACUGUAGACCUGAAGGGCCCUGCCCUGCUUCUCUCCACCUGGCUUGGGGCUGCUGCUGCUGCUGGGCAGAGAGGGCCGAGUUUCUGUUUUUUUCAAAUUGCUUUUAUUUUUUAUGUAUGUCAUUUAAAAUUGUGAUUGAUAUUAAUGCUGUAUUCUUAGUUUUAGAUUUUAUGAUUCAUGUGGAAAUUGUUUUCCAUUUGGUUGUGUACUUUUUGAUGUGUUUUAGUUACUGCUUAUGACUUUUUUUGUUAUGUUGGUAAUUAUGUAAAUCUUGAAAUGUUUUAAGCCACCUUGAGCAUUGUUUCAACUAUGGAAAGGUGGCAUACAAAUAAAAUGAUGGUGAUGAUGACCUGCAGGUAUAGGGCAGUAUAUACAUUUAUUUCAUCAUCAUCAUCAUCAUCAUCAUCAUCAUAAUAACUUGAUUCUACCUUAUUCUCUGUAUAAUAAUAAAACCCUUAUCAUCCAUGGAUAAAUAUGAAGAAAUCUGGAAGGAAUAUUUAAGCGAUAAGGCAGACAGUGCUGGGAAAUAGGGGGAGGAGAGGUGGGGAAAUAUUGUUAAAAAGGUGUAGUCCUAGGUAUAUCAGUGUUCAAAUCUGAAUUGUCAAAUUGUGUUAUUAUGGUUUUUGUUGUAUGUGUCUUUUGCGGUUG